AUGCGCAACUUUGGUGUACGUGAAGUCGUCCAACCUAAAUCGACGCCAGCGCCAGGAUGGGCAUACGUAUCUGAUUUAGGGUCGUCCCGACCGCGCAGCACAGCUGCACCUGGCUCACGCGCGCGUCGUCGCACCGCCGCUGACACUGGCGUAGGUGUUCCUCGCGACGCCCAGCUCCUACGAGAACUGGCCACACUGGAGCGCGAUAACCAGCGUACUGUAACGAUUCCCAUAGCCUCCCGACGGCCCGAAGCAGGCGUUCGUGGCACGAGUAAUCGCCCGGCUCGCACAACGCCCGCUGUACGUAAGAUCCUACAAUCUCAUAAAACUUUCGCAAAUUAUCUCGCCGAUUACGAGGCGCUGUCGCCGUCAUCGAACACGGUCAUCAAUUGGCUUGAUUUGAUGCCAGAUCCCCAGUCCAUAUCAGACCAUGGUGCCCAAAUUAAUUCUGGCCUGCCCGCUCUACCACCAUCCAAUGUCCUGGAGCUCCUUUGCCAGCAGCCUGCUCUAAGCUAUAUCGCAGCGCGUGGCCCACUGGUUCCGGCCGACAAGCGCCACCCCCCACGCCGCUUUUGCGCGCAGUGUGGCUACUGGGGUCGCAUAACCUGUAGCCGCUGUGGUGUUCGCAUUUGUGCUCUUGAGUGUUAUACGCAGCAUCUCACUGCCACCUGUUUACCCCACUGA